CCUCUCUGCAGGUCAACACCAAGGAGGCUGAGAUGAAAACAGGGGACAUGCCAGCCUUGAAUCUCGGGCAGACUCUGGAGUGGCUGAGAAAGGAGCUGAUUGAGAUGCGGGCACAAGACCAGAGACUGCUGCUCACACUAAGACAACUCCAGAGUGCCCUGGAAGAGCUGCGUGCAGACAGUGCCCACUGGGAUGAUGUCAGGUCCGGUGGAGGAGCGUCCCCUAUCAGGAUUCGAGCAGGCUCUGAAGGCAGGGGCUGCCGACCCCACAGCUCUGGGCGGCUGAUCCAGCUCCUCCCAGAUGCAGACAGCAGGCGGAGCUCCCUCCCCUAA